CCUCGGAGGGGAAACUUCGGCGUGAAGUGCAGCUCGGCUCGGCUGCAGCCCCGGGGCUUCCCGGGGAGGGGGUGUCUCUGAGCGAGCUCCGGUGGAUGCUGGCUGGAACCCGGCGAGGUGCUCCCGUGCCGGGCCAUGGGGGUCCGCGCGGCGCCCUAAGCCCUGGACCGGCAGCAUCUCCGCCGGCGCUGCUGCAGACCCCCGGCCGGUCGGUGCCCGGGAGAAGCUGCUGCAUCCUUCCCACCGUCCCCGGUGAACAUGGCUGUCUAGAUUGAACAUGUGCCAGCGGGGAGCGAGCGCUGGAUAUCUUCCAUCCCGUUCCUGAGCCCGGCUCCCAGGGUCUGGAGGACCGAGCCCGGCCUCCCAAAAGUGCAGCAUGAAUUCUGGAGUUGCGGUGAAAUAUGGAAGCGACUCCUCAGCCGAGCUGAGCGAGCUCCAUCUGGCAGCCCUGGCAUCACUCAAGGGAGACAUAGCGGAGCUUAACAAACGCCUGCAGCAAACAGAGCGGGAACGUGACCUUCUGGAAAAGAAGUUGGCCAAGGCACAGUGUGAGCAGUCACACCUCAUGAGAGAGCACGAGGACGCCCAGGAGCGCACGACCCUUCGCUACGAGGAGCGCAUCACGGAGCUGCACAGCGUGAUCGCGGAGCUCAACAAGAAGAUAGACCGCCUGCAGGGCGGCACCAUCAGGGAGGAAGACGAGUACUCGGAGCUGCGCUCGGAGCUCAGCCAGAGCCAACACGAGGUCAAUGAGGACGCUCGAAGCAUGGACCAGGACCAGAACUCCGUCUCCAUCCCCGAAAACCAGUCCACCAUGGUCACCGCUGACAUGGAUAACUGCAGUGACCUGAACUCGGAGCUGCAGAGGGUUCUGACGGGUCUGGAGAGUGUCGUCUGCGGCAGGAAGAAAAGCAGCUGUAGCCUCUCUGUGGCUGAGGUGGACAGACACAUCGAGCAGCUUACCACAGCCAGCGAGCACUGUGACUUGGCUAUUAAGACAGUUGAGGAGAUUGAGGGGGUGCUCGGCCGAGACCUUUAUCCCAACCUGGCUGAGGAGCGGUCCCGGUGGGAGAAGGAGCUGGCUGGGCUCCGGGAAGAGAAUGAAAGCCUGACCGCCAUGCUGUGCAGCAAAGAGGAGGAACUGAACCGCACCAAGGCCACCAUGAAUGCCAUCCGCGAGGAGCGCGACCGGCUCCGGAGGAGGGUUCGAGAGCUCCAAACUCGACUACAGAGUGUGCAAGCUACAGGCCCCUCCAGCCCCGGUCGUCUCACGUCCGCCAACCGUCCCAUUAACCCCAGCACGGGAGAGCUGAGCACCAGCAGCAGCAGCAAUGACAUUCCCAUUGCCAAGAUUGCUGAGAGGGUGAAGUUGUCAAAGACCAGAUCUGAAUCUUCCUCGUCUGAUCGGCCAGUCCUCGGCUCGGAAAUCAGUAGCAUUGGGGUAUCCAACAGUGUGGCGGAACACCUGGCCCACUCACUUCAAGACUGCUCCAACAUCCAAGAAAUUUUCCAGACACUUUACUCGCAUGGUUCUGCCAUCUCGGAGAGCAAGAUUAGAGAGUUUGAGGUGGAAACGGAAAGAUUGAAUAGCCGUAUUGAACAUCUCAAGUCGCAAAAUGACCUCCUCACCAUCACCCUGGAGGAAUGCAAAAGCAACGCGGAGAGGAUGAGCAUGCUGGUGGGGAAGUACGAGUCCAACGCCACGGCACUGAGGCUGGCCUUGCAGUACAGUGAGCAGUGUAUCGAAGCCUACGAACUCCUGCUGGCGCUGGCCGAGAGCGAGCAGAGCCUCAUCCUGGGGCAGUUCCGGGCGGCUGGCGUGGGCUCCUCCCCUAGAGACCAGUCCGGGGAUGAGAACAUCACUCAGAUGCUCAAGAGGGCUCAUGACUGCCGGAAGAUGGCUGAGAAUGCCGCCAAAGCCCUGCUCAUGAAGCUGGACGGCAGCUGCGGAGGAGCCUUCGCCGUGGCUGGCUGCAGCGUGCAGCCCUGGGAGAGCCUGUCCUCCAACAGCCACACCAGCACAACGAGCUCUACAGCCAGCAGCUGUGACACAGAGUUCACUAAGGAGGAUGAGCAGAGGCUGAAGGAUUACAUCCAGCAGCUCAAGAACGACAGGGCAGCUGUCAAGCUGACCAUGCUGGAGCUGGAGAGCGUCCACAUUGACCCCCUCAGCUACGACGUGAAGCCACGGGGGGACAGCCAGCGGCUGGACCUGGAGAACGCUGUGCUCAUGCAGGAGCUGAUGGCCAUGAAGGAGGAGAUGGCUGAGCUGAAGGCACAGCUGUACCUGCUGGAAAAGGAGAAGAAAGCCCUGGAGCUGAAGCUGAGCACACGGGAGGCACAGGAGCAGGCCUACCUGGUGCACAUUGAGCACCUCAAGUCUGAGGUGGAGGAGCAGAAGGAGCAGCGGAUGCAGUCCCUCAGCUCCACCAGCAGUGGCGGCAAGGAGAAGCCUGGCAAGGAGUGCCCCGAUGCUGCCUCUCCAGCCCUGUCCCUGGCUGAACUAAGGACAACCAACGAGAGUGAGCUGGCCACAGAGUUCGCCAACGCCAUCAGACGGGAAAAGAAGUUGAAGGCUAGGGUUCAAGAGCUGGUGAGUGCCUUGGAAAGACUGACCAAGAGCAGUGAAAUCAGACACCAGCAGUCAGCAGAGUUUGUGAACGACCUCAAGCGGGCAAACAGUAACCUGGUGGCUGCCUAUGAGAAAGCCAAGAAGAAGCAUCAAAACAAGCUGAAGAAGCUGGAGUCGCAGAUGAUGGCGAUGGUGGAGAGGCAUGAGACGCAGGCGCGCCUGCUGAAGCAGCGGAUCGCGCUGCUGGAGGAGGAGAACUCCCGGCCACACACCAACGAGACUUCGCUUUAGCGGGCCCUCCCGGCCUCGGGCAAGUUGGCACAAAUGUUGGUCCCUGCAAUGUUCAAUCUGCCCUCGGGUGACAGGUUCUGGUUCCUGCUGCCCUUCUCCCGGCCCACAGUGUCAGAACCAAGUGCCCCUCCCCUCUGGGGCAUUUGUUUUUAUAAGAUUUUCUAAUCUGUGUUUUCCUCCUGCUCCAGGGGAAGACUGACACAGGACUCUGUGUCUGCAGCUGAUGGGCUUAUGCACCAGGCUGCAGCGUACCAGUAUUUAGGUGUACACACUAAGGUUACAAGCAGAGACAGACACAGCAGGGCUGUGCCUAGGCAACUCUUCUGUUUUGAUUCUGCUGGAAGGCGGAGAUCACCGCCGCCCCCCCCCAGUCCCCGAAUACCACAGUUGCUGCUUCAUUGCAUCAGUCAUUCACACGAGCACAUCUAUAGUUCAAAGUUCAUCUCUUGGCAUGCAAUGUCAACCGCCCCCGAUCCAGCACCUAUCCUGCUGUGGUGGAGAGGGAGGGUUAGGCAGGAGCUCCAUGCCUGAAUUCUACAGCUCUUCACAUUUAAUAGCCACCCCCCACCUUCCCAAACUAUCAAAGCGUCCUAUGAGAAACAGGUUCCACUGCUCUGAGAGGAACUUCCAGAAAGCAGGAUACAGAGUCUUGCGCCUUCUGUGCAACAGGGAGGACAUCUUCACCUAAGACAGGCAGUUCCCCACAAAAGCAAUGACCUCCUCUGGCGUUCCAGUGGUAAUAGGUCAAGUAAGUUUUCUUUCUCCAUCCCCACCCCCAGCUAAAACUCAGGAAAUGUCCCUCUAAGAGUAAAGUGGAUGUGUGUGGCUUUUUCUUCUGCUUGAGCAGGCUCUAGAGAACCCACUCUCUUAAGCCCUGCAAUUUCCCUACAGAGGAAAGACCUCAACUGUGUUCCUCUAAACAGCUUGUGGGAGGGCUAGGGUUUAUUUUGGGUUACAGAUUUGAGGGGAAGCUCCACGAUAACCGAGGGUGGACAUCACCUCCUGGCCAACAUCAGCAGGAGUGUGCCAAACACUAUUAGCCUUCCUCCAACAAGUUUCCAAUUCCCAAAUGGCCAACAGCAGGGGAUCAAGCCUUCCGCGCACACAAGUUUAUGAGGGACACCUGAAUCAAACCACCUCCUUGCCUUGUGCCCAUGUAAUGCACAAACAGGCAGAGACAAUCUUCAUUUCAAUUUGUAUAAAGUUAAAAACCUUCAGAACUCUUCUCCUAUAAAAACAUUUCUAAUUCAUGAACGGAAGCCAACUAAGGUUAAAAAAAAAAAAAAUUGCAGUAUUCUCUGUCCCGAAUAUCUUCGUAGGCAUCAGGACAGAUUCCUUCGUUUUUCCUCUCAUGUGUAAGUGAUCAUGUUUCAUUACUGCCGACCAACCUCGGUGCUACCUGAAUCUGAAAUGCAAUGGUUAACUGGCACGCACUUAAUAUUAAAGCCUUCCUCUGUGCCAGUAGCAGUAUUUUACAAGGGCCUUAGGCUUUACCUAAAAGCAGUAGGAUUCUUACUUCCCUAAGGCAAACCAGAAACAAUUAAUUUUUUUCUAGUUCCCACACACAGGGCAUACAGGAAAAGAUGCCCCGUGGUUAUUACUUGUACAGGGUUGGAAGGCUUACUGCUGUGAAUUAAAAAAAAAAAAAUCACACCUUUAAAAUGUUUGAAUGUCCGUCCCUCUACGAUGCUUUGCUUAUAAAUCACUGCCUACUGGGAGUGUAUCUCCAUUCCAUGAACACACUGUAUUAAGGAAAAAAAUCAUUUACACAGCUCAAGUUUUUUACACUAAACUUAAUUAGGGUGCAGUCAUAGGUUGCCAAAGUUUGUACGGUGGGCAGUAAUAUCAGAGGUAACUUUCUCAGUAGAACACUUUAGAAAAACAACUGGACACCAUCCCCCAUUUUAUUCAUCCAGUGUAACAUCCACCUAGAGCGUGCAAGUUCUCUGGGGCUUGGAGAACAUAAUUAUCUGCCGGCUUGUGGCUAUAAAGGUCAGGUGGAAGUUGGCAAACACAACUCAUCCACGGGCUGGCAACUCACGUGAGAACAAGUGCUGAAGACAGUUUCACAUGCAGACAAGCUGAGAGAGAGAGUCUCGCCUUCUGCACUGCAUCAGAGAACCAUUGUGCAUGUAUGCAACACAACUCACUGGUUGCCCAGAGCCAGGGACGCCUGUGUGGCUCUUCCCACCGUUCUCCACAUCCACUGAUCCCUGCUUGCUUUCUGCUCUUAGUGCUUUUUCCACGUUAAACUUACAUGGGGAAAUUCUCUGGUUGUAGGACUUACCGUGAGGACUGCCAAGCAGAGAGUUCCUCGCUGGUUUGCUUGCCUUUGAGCCUAGUGCAGAGGUCAUGAAAACUGUUCCCCUCAAGUUUUUAGACGUGUUGUCAAGACUGACUCUGCAUGAGAUUUCAUUAUUUGAAUAUAUGCUGUCAGUCACUGCAUAGAGCACGUGUGACGAAGUCCGCCUUUGUCAGCACGGCUCUGCUGUCUCCAGCUGCAACGUAACACUGUACUAUACUUGUACUGCUUUAAAUGUUCCCAGAUGCCUUUAGUUUUAGCUGCUGUAAAAUUGCUACUUUGUGUUAUUUGAUAAAUAGAAUUGUUUAAAACGAACUCCAUUUAUUUAUACAGACAUUUAUAAUAUUUUACAAACAUUCUUAUAUUCUGAAUAAAUAUUUCUAAUUCCGUGUA